CUAAGUGAAAUUUUUUCUUGAUUAAUCCAUUAAUAGAAUUCCUAAAUAAUGCGUAAAUAUUCUUAAAAAUAAUCAAUUUCGAUAGUAUUUUUGAACUUAUUAUUAAUAUAAUAUUUAAUAUGUGCACCAGAAAACAUUAGAAAAUAAUUUUGUUAAAAGAUUAAUCUGUAAAAAAAGUUAAAAAAAAAAAUCAUCAAACAUAAUAUACAUACACACAUAUAUAUAUAUAUAUAUAUAUAUAUUGUAUAUAAAGUUGUGCGAUUAAUUUUUUUUAUAUCUAUUUAAAUGAUAUAAAAUUUAAAAAAUUAUUAUUAAGUAAACUUAAAAACAAUGGCUGAAAAUCAAUUACACGAAACAUCAAUUCCUAAGACACAUAAAACUUCCCUUCCAUCAGCAGUAGGCAACAAGCAAUAUUAUGGUAAAACUCCUGCUGGUGAGAAUACAACUGGUUCAAAAUCGUUAGAUGGUAAGCAUCACCACACAAAUUUGCCACAUAAUCAAGGUAAUAUGGGUGUAAUAAAUAGAACUACAACAGAAACUUUAAGACUAGGUUCAGAUACCUCAACACCAUUGUAUUCGAACGGAACUGGAAAUAUGACAGUUCAACAAUUACAUUUAAGUACUGCACCUCAAAAUAACGUUGCCAGUGCCGGUGCCGCUGUCAGUGGCGGUAAUAAUACAUCACAGCGCAAGCCAAAAUCAUCUUCUUUUCAAAUAACAUCAAUUACAGUGAGUAAAUUAAGUUCUGAUAAUGGUGAAGACUCCGCUGAUGAUUUAGAUGAAUCUCAUACAGAUGAAAAUAGUCGCAUUACAGAUUUUGAAAAUGAGACGCCUAGUAUGUCAGAAGAUACAUAUUCAAAAGAAGACGUAUUUUUUUCAAAUCAUGCAUUAGGUACUGCUCCAGUUAUACCAACAAGCUCACAAUAUGGACUUGUUGUUGUCGAUCCAGAGCAGAAUGCACCAGGGCAAAAUCUACAAAAUGACCAUGUUAGUGUCUGUGAUGCUGGUAUUAAUAUUGUUGGUCCAAAUGAAAAAGAAAUAAAACCUCGAAGUGAUAGAUUUAAAGUUGUGAAAAUAGAAUCAACUGAGCCAUUUAAAAGAGGCCGUUGGAUGUGUAUGGAUUAUUUGGAUCAUAAUAAUCAGAAUAAUUCUGAUAAUUCAAAAGGAAAUAAAAUGAAGUCUGUCGAAAAUAGUAACGAUAAUACAGGUAAAAAUUCAAAUGAUACUAAUUUAGAUGCUAUUAAUAAAUUGAAGGAGUGCAACGGCGGUGUUGUUGGCGGUAUGUUAUAUGUGCAAAACUCCCCCGGACAAAGCUUAAAAAUCCCUAUUACGCUGCCAACUACAAUAAACCCCAACCAAAUGAAUAUUUCUGUCAUUAAUAACGAAAAUAUGAAAGCAAAUAUUAUGUCAAAUAUUCAUCCGAAUUCCCAUCAAACUAUGACUAAUAUUCCAACAAAUGCUGCGAAUAUAAUUCAAUCAAUGCCGCAAACUGUUCAUGCCCAAAGUUUUCCCCAGGGCCAAAUUCAACAAUCAAUUAUUCAAGCAAAUAUGGCUCAGCAAAUUAAUCAACAACCAGGUUAUAUACCAGGGCAGUCGCAACCAAUGUCGUUUGUGAAUAUCCAAAAGAAUGAUCAAAUACAUGGUGCAACAUUUCCAUCUAACAUUCAAAUACAAAAAAUGAUUACGCCGCAACAAUUACUUUCUAAUCAGCAAAAUUCUCAAAUGAAUACCGGAAUGACCGGAAUUCCGACAUCUUCAAUGCCGUCUGAUAUUCAACUACAAGCUAAUAUUUUAACACAAAGUAUGUCUCAAGGUGGUGUUGCUAACGUUGUUCAAAGUAUGCCUCAAGGUGGUGUAGCCAAUAUGGUUCAAAGUAUGCCCCAAGGUGGUGUUGCUAAUACUGUUCAAAGUUUGUCUCAAGGUGGAGUUAAUGUUAUUCAAGGUAUGCCUCAGAUUGGUGUUGCUAAAGUUGUUCAAAAUAUGUCUCAAGGUGGUGUUGCUAACGUUAUUCAAAGUAUGCCUCAAGGUGGUAUUUCGAAUGCUGUUCAAAGUAUGCCUCAAGGAGGUAUUGCAAAUGUUGUUCAAAGUAUUCCUCAAGGAAGUAUUGCUCAUGUUGUUCAAAGCAUGCCUCAAGGAAGCAUUGCUAAUGUUGUUCGAAGUAUGCCUCAAGGUAGUAUUGCUAAUGUUGUUGCAAGUCAACAAUCCCAAGUCAACAUGGCUAAUGAAAUUUACCAUCAACAACAGCAUCAGCCUCACACUUUUCCUCAAAUCCAUCCAUCCUCUCUAAUUAAUCAUAAUAUACAAGCAGCGACGUUACGUGAAACCACAUCUUAUCACGAUUCUGGGCAAAUAAAUGAAUUAAUUCAAAAUCAGCAAAAACAACAAAUGAUGACUGGUAGUAUUAUGCAACAACAACAGAUAAAUUUAGGCAAACAUAAUGAUAUGCAAACUAUAAAUCAAGAUGGUUUAAUAUCGCAUGUUAAUGCACCUAUUAAUCUCCAACAUAAUAACUCAGCACCACAAACAUUGAAUGAAGCAGCGGCAAUUAUAAAUAGUUCCAUUCAACAGGUUCAACAAAUUCAACAACAACAGCAACAACAACGACAGUUACAAACAUUGAAUGAAGCAGCAAUAAUUAUAACGAAUUCUAUUCAACAGGUUCAACAAAUUCAACAACAGCAACAACAACGACAACAACAACAGCGACAACAGCAACAACAGCAACAGCAGCAGCAACAGCAGCAACAACAACAGCAGCAACAACAACAACAGCAACAACAACAACAUCAACAACAUCAACAACAGCAGCAGCAGCAGCAACAGCAGCAUACACCACAAACAUCAGAAGCAAAGCAUACUGAAAAUACUGAAAAUUCCGUUGCCAUUGAUAAUAAAAUUGAACAAGCCAUGGAUUUAGUCAAGUCACAUUUAAUGAUUGCUGUACGAGAAGAAGUUGAAAUAUUAAAGGAGAAAAUUUCUGAACUUAUGGAUCGAAUCGAACGUUUAGAAGCUGAAAAUGCUUUCCUGAAGGCAAAAGCUUCACAAGAGACUUUAUUACAAUUACAAAAUAAGGCUGUUAAUCAACAAAAAUCGCAAGCAGUACUAACUUCAAUUAAUCCAUCGUCAAAUAUCGCUGUGCAACAACAACAUCAGCAACAACAACCGCAAUCACAAAUGCCACAGCAGCAGCAAAUAAAUCCUGUUCUUAGUAAUCAAUAAUUUAUUUUAAAAAUAUUAAAAAUAGUAUUUCUAGUAAUUGUAGGAAUAUUUUGGAUUAAAAGAAAAAAAAUAAUAAAAUUUAAUCUAUCAAAUUAUAUCUAUACAUACAUGCAUAUACAUAUAUAUAUGUAAUAUAUACAAUAUAUUAUAUUAUUAAUAUAAAAUGAGUUCAUGUAUGUAUCCAUAUACAUAAUAUUAUACAUAAGUAAAAAUAUAUGCUGAAGGCGUUUUGCUUUUUUAUUUUUAAAAACCGAAUUCAAUUUAUUAUUAAAUAGGAAUUACAGAAAUAUUGUAAAUUUAAAGAAAAAAAAAAAAGGAAUUAAAAAACUACAAUUAUAUUAUUAUGAUAUAAAAAUAUUUUAACUUUGAAGGAAAGGUUUUACUAUCAUCCAUAUUCCAUUUGACGAAUUACUCCAGUUGAUUUGAAUAUUAUUCAAAAGUAUUAAAGUUUUCAGUAUCGAAUUUCAAAUAAAAUUUUAUUCUAAAAAAAAAUAACAAUAUUUUUGAAUAAUAUUCAAUAACCUAAAGUGAUACAUUUAAGAGAAUAUGAGUGUAUAAUUGAAAGUAAAUUAAAAAUAAUAGCAAGUAGUAAAACAAUUUGAGCAAAGUCUCUUUUUUUUCUGAAAGAAAUGUGAUAAAAUUUGUUAAAAUAUGCUUAUAAAAAAAUAACAUAAAAAGAGGAUGAUGUAAAAAAAAAAAGAAUUGAUAAAUAAAAUUAAAAUAAUUAAAUUGACUAAAUACUGAAAAAAAAGAAGAAACUCGAAAAACCCAAACUCAUUUGUUUCAUAUAAAAUGUAUUUUUGCAAAAUUUAUAUAUACAUAAAAUGUGUAUAUAUAAAAAUUUUUUUUUAUUAUUUUACUAUUUUUUUUUUUUUUUUUUGCUUUAAGUUAGGUUUAAGCUACGUAAAAUGGAUUUUCCUUUAAAACGUUACACAUAAUAAAUUUGCUUAAAAGAUUAAAUGAAUCAUAUCCAAUUAAGAAAAAAUUUGCAAACUUUCGCCUGAAAUUGGGCGUUAUCAUUGAAGUUUUAAGGAUUCAGAAUAAUUUUAUUGUUCUCGAAUAGCAAAUUUUUAAUUAUCUCAAAAUUUUUUAAGAUAACAUAAAAGUCUCGGAACUAAGACAUCGUUGUCAUUGUAGUGAAUCAGAAUUUGCAAAAUCGAAAUAUAUAGAUAAAAAUUUCAAGAAUUUAUAAAAAAUUAUUGAAAAAUUUAAUAAAAAAUUUUUAAUAAAGUUUCCAAUUGAGUUAGAAAUUAAUAAUAAAAAUGAUAAAUGAUAAAAAUAUUUUCUAUUCAAAUUAAUAAUAUUUUGAGAUUAAUUCUUGUACAUUUCAACAUUCUUGUAAAUAUUCACCCAUAUUUAUUGAAAAGUAUUUUGAUUUUCAAUAUAAAAUUUCAAAUUUUGAAAAUGAUUUUAUUAAAAUUUUUGUAUAACCAUCCCAUCAUAUCUCAAUUGAUUCAACUAAUAGAAUAUGGGUGAUGUUUAUAUUUAAAAUUAUAAUAAUUUUAAAUAAAAUAUGAUAAUAUUUUAAGAAUAUCUCCAAUAUUAUACUAAUAAUUGUGUAUUCGAUACAUGGACUUAUUUUCAUUUUAAAGAAAAAUAAAUAUUUAAUAUUAAAAUGAAUAGAAUCUUAAAUUGAAAAAUCCAACACCAAGACUAUAAUUUAAACUUGGUUUAAAUUUUACGUUGUUAAAAAGCCUUAUUUAAAGAAAAAAAAAAAAGAAUGGAAUAGAAAAGUUUUUCAAAAAAAAAAAAAAAUAAAAGGCAAUUAUUAUUUAAAUUUUAUAUUAUUUUUAUUUUAAUUUUUAAUAUCUGUAAUUAAGUCAAGUUUAUAUUUUAUGUUUUACCUUAUUUUUCGCUUAAAAAAAUUAUCUGAAAUGCUUAUAUAUUACAUAAUAUACGAUAAAUAUUAUAUAAAUAUAUAUAUAUUUGAUUAUUCAAAUAUAUAUUAUAUUUAUUUAACACAAUUUUUAUUAAAAAAAAAAUAAUUAAAUAUUUAAACACUUGAGAGCCCAUAUAAUACGAAAUGAUAUUCUCAAAAAUAAAUGUUUGCUUAUGACUCUGAAAUCUUAUUAUUCUUUUUGUAUACUUAAGACGGGGGCAAGGCAAGGCCUGUUAAUCUUAUUUAUACAAUAAAUAUUUUAUAUUUCAAAUAAUUAAUUUUAGCAUUUUACAAAAUUUGAAUUUCAAAAACAUCUAUAUUAUGUAAAAUGCACUUUUUUUUUUUAUUUAUAUUUUUACAUUUUAUUUUGCAUACAAUUAUUGAAUUUGCAGCUCAAAUUAUUGAAUGCAUUGAAGUGUGCAAUAUUUUCAUAUUCAAUUUAUUUUUUUGUGGAAAAAUAAUUUUCAAUUAAAGUAAAAAAAUUUAUGUAUUUGAAAAAAAAAAUAAAUAAAAUUUAAGCUCAUCUAGCUACAAAUUUAAUUUUUUAGCUUAAUUAUAUGUGCUAAAAAGUCUGAAUUUUUUAAGAAAAUAAAAAAAAGAAAACAAAAAGAUAUUAAAAAUGCGGGUAUGACGAAUACUUUUAAAAUUAAAAUUCUUUCUUUUUUAAUACUAAAGAUACUACGAAAAAAAAAAAAGAAAAGAUUAAAUAUUAAGAACUGAAAAACAUAAAAUUCAACGUAUGGGUUUCAAUUUAAGAGAAAAAAAAAAAUUAAUUGAAAAAUAUAUUAAAAAAUGUUGGAAAAAAGCAAACAAGAAAUUAAAAACAGAAUGAAAAAAAAAAUUAAAAAAUAUUGAAAAUGUAGAAAACAAGUUUGAAAAAAAAAAAAAAAACAAAAAAAUACACGAAUUGAAUGAAAUUUUUGAAAUCGGAAAAAGAUAUAAGCUUAAAAAAAACAAUUUACAUACAUAUUUAU